UGAACACUGACUGAACAGCUGUUUGCGUGAUCCGAAAGAAAUCUGGUAGUGCUUGCCGGCUAUUGGAAUUGUAGCCUAUUUAAUAGCUUUCCACAAACCAAAAUUAUGCCAGAAGAUUCGAAAAAGAACAAUGACAAGAAAAGAGGCGAUCCAAAAGACCAGAGGAAGCCUCGACAGCGACACCAGCAAGGAGGAACUGAUAAAAAGGCUGAAAAGAAAACGGAAGAGCCGAAGAAUGCUCCCAAAGUUACAGUGCCUCAAAAACCAGUAUACGAAAGUCCUCCUCCAGAAUUUUUCAAAAAUUUAAAAAGAGAAACAGAUGAAAUCCUCAAAAUUACUGAAGAAGAAAGCGCAAAAUACAAAAAGAAAGAAAUUCAAAGCAACUGGUCUAAGUAUGAGAUGCCUAUUGAUACGUAUGAUGAAAUUGAAGAACAAGAAAAUAUGGGAGCUGAUUAUGAGAAACUAAUACAAGCUCCACUAUCAAUCGGCGGACAUUUCCAGUUCAAACACGAAAAAUCGUGGGACAUGAACACAGGCCCUUCAUUAUACGACGAAUAUUUUGAUAUUAAUAUGGAAGAACUGAAUAUCGCACUCUGCUCUAUUCCAUUUUAUAAAAGAAACUCUAUAGACGAAACAAGAUUCUCUGAAACAGAUAUUCUAACUAUGAAUAACAGAUCAACAAGGUUCAAACAGAAAUAUUACAAUGAUAAAUCUUAUUCUACCCCAGAAACAGAAGCUCAAGAUAAAAUACUUGGAAACCUAAUGAAGGAGGAUAACGUAGAGAAAGAAAGAGAUACAAGUAAUGACAUUGAAAUUAAAUGCGAUAGUGAUCGUAAAACUAGUCCAGAGCCAGAUAACACGCAACAUGUAUCCAAUGAUGAUCAUUCAGAUUUAAAAACAGAAACAAAAGACGAACCUACUCAGAAAGUCGAAGAAAAUGUAAAGAGGGAAGAAACAAUUCAUGAGACAAAACAUAAAAACAAAGCAGACUCUAAACAUGAAGAACAUGAUGAUCUAAUUUUUGGGAAUACUAAAGAAGUUACAAAAUUACCCGAAAUCGAAAAAGUUGUAACUCGAAUUCCCGCAAAAGAAGUUGUGUGCCAUACGGAACAGAAACCAGUUGCCACUAAGGAGAGUCCGGUUACCCCUAGUGCGACACCCGAGGUUCCUAAAACAAACCUCCCGCCGACCUCCGCUAGUACCAAAGCGGCACACAUACCAGUGGAAGCAAAGAAAACUCCAGUUAUUGAAUCUCCAGAAGAUCUUGAAAAAUGGCUAGACGACUUUUUAGAUGGAUAAACAAAUUAAGUACCUACCUACGAUGCAUCGAUUAUCAGUAUUCACCUACCUGGCGGACCAUGGAUAUGAACGUCUAGGUAUUUGACAAGUGCGAUUGAGUUAUAGCGAUGGGUAGGUAUUAAUAUAGAAAUCGCAAGUAAACUUCCUAUAACCGUUAAUUUGUUAUUAUAAUAAAAAUCAAAUGGAAAGACGAAAAGAAUAAUAAUAAGCUCUAGACAGACGGACUGCAUUUCAACUGCAAAUUGCAGUUGACGCGACUGCAAUAGAACUGCAACCCAAACAAUUCACACGAUUGCAAUCGGACUGCACCUUUUUCUGCAGUGUCAACUGCAUUCAAACUGCAAUGUGCUGUUGAAAUGCGGUCAGUCUGUCCAGAGCCUUACGUAAUUUAUGAUUCUUAAAAUACGAUAUAAAUUGUUUUUAUGAUUUAUCGGUUAUUAUCAAAUGAUGUAAAUUAAUGUAAUUGCUUCAUACCUUUUUAUAUAGCAAUCAUGUAUUUUAUGAAUAAACCCUUUUUAAGGCGAUUGAUACAACUGCAUUAAUUCCUAUCCCCCUUAGCAAUGCUCAAUAUUGUCCACAAGUAUUAAAGUGGCACACAUGAAAGGCAUGACGCAGCUGUUGUUAGAUAGCUGCUAAUUCGCUGCUACCCGCCGUUGGCUUUUCAUAAUGACGUUAUAUUUUAUAUGUCGUAGUUGAGUCGUGAUUGGAUCUCAGUCGGAUGUGAAUCGUAUAUCGCUUGAGUAAAAUUUGCAGAAUCGAGCUCCACUUAAAGUACUUACCGUACAGGAUGUCUGGUUUUGUUUCGCAGUUUACCUAAUAAUAAAUUAAGAAAUACAAUUUGAUGCGACAUAAAUUAAUUCUGUGCUUCUGAAAGCAAGUUGUAAUUAUGCAGUGUAUAUUAUUGUUAGUGUAGGAAUAGAAAAUAUAUUACAUAUUUAUGUUAUCAAUAAAACAAUUUUUAAAAUGAA